AUGGAACAAAAUUCACAAAAAAGUAGUCUUUUCCCCUGGGAGCGCGCAAAUAUACCGUCUUUCGCGUCAUUAAAAAGAAAUCAAACAAAAUCUUUUGGUUGUAUAUAUGCCUUCGAUAGAUUUACUCCUGUUACUACUGAUGCUGUUGAUGGUCAACAAAAGGAUAUAUGCCUGGAGGUCUCACGAACUGUUACAGUUGACCCGAAAGGAAACUUGUUUAUUCCUGACAAAACUUAUACGGAUCAAUAUUCCCUCUGCGAUAAUCAAAUAUCAUUAUCGUCUAAUGAUAAUGAAUUGCAACACAAUAACUUAGAAGCAGCAAGAAAAUCAUCAAAUGCUAUGAUAAUAAAGUCUUUGAAUCUUGAGAAGUCCUGGCCAUCAGCACCAAUGUCCGCAAUUAAAACGACAAAAACGCGUAGGAAUGAUAGUAAAACACCCUUAUCAACAUCCAAUUCAAAAAAUUCUAAUUCAAAAGAGAGUAUUAAGCAGAGUGAACUUAAUAGGGUCAAUAGAUUGAUGAGGAAACAAAUCAGUGAUAAACUUCCUAACACUAAUAUUACGCCUACAACACCAAAAUUAUCGAAAUCUUUUGACACGCCAUUAAAGCAACAACUUCGCGAAGACAUUUCAUGGAGUAAAUAUUUAACACCGAUACGUCCUCCCGCUACAACUUCAACUAAUGAAAAAAACGACGAUACUAUUAAUAAUGAGAAUUUAUUGAUUUCAACGCCCAAAAGAAACGUUAAAAGUUGUUUCUCGAUGAAUAUUGAUGAUAAUUGUAAAGGUGUAAUGACACCACUUCAGACCCAUCAAAUUCCCAACUUCGGCUCAUCUAAUGCUGACGCAAAUACGCGUACGACACCUCAAGACAAGAAUUUCAAGGAUAUUGAAAGACAAUACGAAGAGCUCGUUAAAGAAAAGGCAAAUUUCGAACACUACAAAAACACAGAACUCUCAGAAAUCAAAAAGAAAAAAGAACAAGAAUUACAAAUCAUAGAAGCUGAGAAGAAAAAGUGGACUAAAACGCGGGCAGAACUGGAGUUGGCACCCUCGCAAAGACAUAUUCAAGAAGUGGACAAUCUCCAAAAACAAAUAUGUAAUUUACAGUAUACUCUACGCCAUCGAGAAAAUAUUCAUCGGAUUGAGUUGGAAAGACUAAAGCGACGAAUCAGUGAGUUGUCACGGCAGAAUCAAGAACUUUUAAAGAAUCAGAAGGGUGGAAGUGUCUUAUCACUAGAAUCUCCAUCAAAAUCCAAAGAAAAUUAUCAUAGUUUUCAUAAUAACAAUCAAGGGAGUAUUAACAAUAGUUGCGAAUAUGCAGAAAUCGAUAGAUCUUCAAUAACAUGUAAAACUGUAAAAUUCAAUCUACCACCAAAUCCUGGAUGUGAGAAAUUGGAUAAGCUUGCCAAGCAAAUUGAAAAUAUUGGAACAUGCGUCGAGGAGAUUAUAAAAAAUGACGAAGGGAAAAUAGAACGUGUUUACUCGAAUGGAACACGUUUGAUAUUAUUUUCAAAUGAUAUUACAAAAGAAAUCAGGAAUGAUGGUAUUGUUAUAGUUCGUUUUACGAAUGGGAAUAUAAAAGAGAUUAUCCCACAUCAAAAAGUCACCUAUUUCUACACGGACGGAACAGUACACACAAUUUUCGCAGAUGGAGAAGAAGUCGUCGAAUAUUCUAAUGGACAGAUUGAACGCACACACGUUGACGGCACAGCGGAAAUUUAUUUCCCUGAUAAUGUCGUGCAAUAUAUACUUUCUAAUGGCGAGGCAGAAACAGUGCUACCAGGUCGACAAGCUAUCAUCUGA